AUGGCAAAUGAUGUUGAGGAAAAUCCCGGACCCACAAUAUUUGAUGUGGUUGAUCCAACUAAAACAGUAUGUGCUGAUUUUAGUAAAGGAAAUACAAAAAAGUUUCGAGAAAAUGCUGGCAAACAAUGUUUGGCAAUGUCCUUGACUGCGAUAAUAUAUAGUCAUCUCUCAAAUGCAAAUGAAUGGGAUUCAACUGUAUUAAAUGACAUAUUAUGUGCUGGAAAUAACCUCUAUUUAUUUAUAAGCAAUUCUGUUUAGAAAAGCUAUUUGCUUUUGACUGACGUGCCUGAAAUGGUUUCGGUUUUUGAUGGCAUUUAUUGUAUGCAAUAUGGUGACCCGUUUGCUGGCGACUUAUUCAUGACAAAUACUACUAUACCUUAUUAUUCGAUACAUAAUGCUCUUAAUAAUCUGUUUGCAUAAACUCAUUUAAAUUAUCAACAUUGUAUGUUGACUAUUGGUUCUAAUACUGUUGCAAUUUUGAAGACUUCUGAAGGAACCUUUAAAGUAUUUGAUUCUCAUUCAAGAGAUUUAUAUGGGAUCCCACACCCUUUUGGAAAAUGCGUAUUAACAUCUGUUGAUAGUAUAGAAAACCUGGUAAUUUAUUUCCAGGAUACUGUACCUCCGGGUAAUGAAACACCCUUUGAACUCAAAGGAGUAACUGUUCAAUUAAAUUCUGAUAUAACACAAAUAAGUGUACUUGCUUUGAGCCAAAGUGCAAAAGAGUGUGUAAAACAAAAACGUUCAGAGGAAACCAAAAGUCAGAAACAAAGUAGACCGGAAAAUGCUAGAAAGUACAAAAAAGCAAAACAAGUCACAGAAACUCAAACUGAGAAACAAACUAGACUUGAAUAUGCUAGGGUGUAUCAAAAAGCAAAACGAGCUUCAGAAACUGAAAAUGAGAAACAAACUAGACUUGGAAAUGUUAGAAAUUAUGAAAAAAGAAAACGAGCACAGGAAACUGGCAUUGAAAAGCAAACUAGACUUGCCAGCGCUAAUCAAUACAAGAGAAAAUGUCUGUGUGCUUCUACUCAAAUUAUAAAUCAGCAGGAUUAUUUAAACAAAUUUGACAUUGAAAAAGAUGGUAGUAUUCAUGAACAGAGUUGGGCAAAAAAUAACAUCAAUAAAUUUUAUAAAUCUAUUGAAUUCUUUAUUAAUCAAUGA